AUGGCACUUUCCAAACUCCGUCGAAUAUUGACCUGUGGUCGUGCAAAGGAGUCCAAAUCAAAUGCCCCCAAGGACAAACCUCACGUAAACACCUUGAAGAACGAAGACGACUUUGACUGUCUCAGUGAGGUCGCUGAUCCCUUUCCAAUCGAGCGCGUGACAACUGAUGAGCAGGCUCGUCGUGAGUCGUUGGAGAGUAACAUCUCAGAAACUCAUUCGCAUCCCCAUCUGUCCAAUAAUUGA